CCGAGCUGCUAAACAACAAACACAGAUAUUAAAUAAGUGGUGAAUGGAAGAGAGGAGCAGGGUUUGGGUUAGAGAGAGGAGAGCUGGAGCUGGAGCUGAGCCCGGAGCAGCUGGUGUUUAAAGGCAGGUUUAAAGUUAGCGAGUUCCGCGGGCCGGGAGGGGCCGAGCCAAUGCAGCCGGGAGAGGAGCACUGUCAGACGGCUACAGCCAGCAGGAGAGACCGCGGUCUGAGGUCCGGGCCUCCUGGAGCUCUGGAGUGGGGCAGUGCGGGCGGCCGUGCGUUGUGUGAGACUCAUCUAUCCUGCAUGGACUCGUCGCCAUGAGCAACAAGGAGAUGGUUUCCACGGAGACAGAGAAUAAAGGACAGAGGAAAGUGUUUCUUCCUAACAAGCUGCUGGAGUGUCUCCCUCGCUCGUCCAGUCUGCCUAAUGAGCGGCUCAGGUGGAAUACUAACGAGGAGAUCGCCUCGUACCUGAUUUCAUUUGACAGACAUGAUGAGUGGCUCUCCUGCUCCCUGAAAACCAGGCCGAAGAACGGCAGCAUCAUCCUCUACAACAGGAAGAAGGUGAAGUACAGGAAGGACGGAUACUGCUGGAAGAAACGGAAGGAUGGGAAAACGACGAGAGAGGACCACAUGAAGCUGAAGGUCCAGGGCAUGGAGUGCCUGUACGGUUGCUACGUUCAUUCCUCCAUUGUGCCAACAUUCCACAGACGAUGUUACUGGUUGCUGCAGAACCCAGACAUCGUGCUGGUCCACUACCUGAAUGUGCCGUCCCUGGAGGAUUCUGGGAAAUGCAGUCAGCUGCUGUGUGCGGUGUCGGACCGUCAUGACAGCGUGAGGUGGAGCCGAGACGACCUGCUGAACCAGCUGAAGCCCAUGUUCCACAGUAUGAAGUGCUCUCUGGGUUCGGGUGAUUUCAGCAUCGAGGAACUGGUUCAGCACAUUCUGGACCGUCAGAGAACCAAACCGCAGCCGCGCACACACACCUGCCUCUGUAACACCACCCAGGUAUCUUCAGGAGUGAACAUUCCUCACCGCUGUAACAGCACCAAGCAUCGCAUCAUCUCCCCCAAACUGCCCCCCUCCUCCUGCAGACCCUCCGCCUCCCCGCUCUCCUCAGAGGCGGGGGAGGUUGGGAGAGGAGGUGGAGGAGGAGGAGGAGAUGCCAAACUGCCCCACCUACAGGCUCAGAGCAGCCCGGUGUCCUCUCCCUGCCCCCCCUCCUCUUCGGCCUCGUCCCCCCCGCAGCCCCACAGAGCCACCAUCACCAUGGGCAACCACGGCAACGGUUUCUACGGCGACCACCGCGGCAACCUGACGACGGUGGCGCUGCCCCAGAACGCGGUGAUCGUCAUGGCGACGACCACGGCCAUCUCUGGGGGAGGAGGAGGAGGAGGAGGAGGAGGCUCUGGCCAAUUACUGCUCUCCCCCUCCCUCCCCCCUCCCCCUCCUGCUGCCCCCGCCUCCCCCUCCCCUCCCUGCUCCUCUUCCUCCCCCGCCCCCCCCUCCCUCCCCCCUCCAGUCCAGGCCACCCUCUCCCUCACCCUCCUGCCCUCCCCUGUCAUUGGAGGCCUGCUCCUCACCCCCUCCUCCACCUCCUCCUCCAUACGCUCCCCUCCUCCUCCUCCUGCAGCCGCCUCUCCUCCUUCCUCCCCCUCACCUCCCCCGCCCACCCCCUCCCUCCCCCCGGCCUUUGACCCCGACUCCUUCCUAAACUCCCCCAAACAGGGCCAGACGUACGGCGGCCCCCCUCCCACCUGCUCCUCCACCCCGUCCCCCGUCCUCUGCUCCUCCUCCCCCCUCUCUCCUCCCUCCCUGGCUCUCUCCCUCUCCCCCACCUCCAUCCCUCCCUCCUCCGUCUCCCCUCCCUCCUCGCUCUCCUCCCUCUCCUCUUCCUCCUCUUCGUCCCCCCCCUCCACCUCCCUCCCACCCUCCCUUGCGCUGUCUCCCACUUCCUCUGUUGUCCCCCCCCUCCUCCCCCUCUGCCUGGAGCUGGGUGCUCUGGGGGAGUCAGAGGGGGUGAGGGACGGGGGGGAGGCUGGGGACGAUGAAGAGGAGGUGAAGGAGAGGAGGGGUGAUGAGGAUGAUGAUAAUGAUGAAGAUGAUGAAGGCAGCGCUCCUCCCACCAAGCUGGCUUUGCUGCAGCCGAGCCACGCCUCCUCCUGCUCGUCGCCACGGCAACAGACAGGAAGUAGCGCUGCGUCGCUGCUCCUGGUUUGUCAGGACUCGGCGCCGAGCUCGGCCGCUCUGCCGGCCAAUCAGACGCAGCGGCAGCCGGACGGGCAUCAGCCAUUGGUCCUAGAGAAGCCCUUUAAUCACCUGCUGGGACCCGAAGCCCCACCCCCCCAGCAGGUAUCCCAUCAGCCCCUGGGGCUGCCACAGAGUCGGCCGCAGCUGUUCGUCAACCCCAACGUGGCCGACACCCCGGCUGACAUUACCAUGGCGACGGCUCCCCCGGCGACGCCCUCGGUGCAGGUGAAGGAGGAGAGGGGGCGGGGCUACGAGUCGGAGGACGCCUCUAUGGAGACGCAGCAGGAGGCGGAGCCCUGCGAGCGGGGGGGCGGCGAGGAGCUCGACAUCUCCUUUGACAGCCAGUUCCCCGAUCUCAUCUCUGACCUCAUCACCGAGGAGGCCAAUCCCGUCGCAGCACCCGCCCCCCCCGCUGUGUUCCCCACGGGGAUCCGAUACAUGGUGCCGCCCCAGCCCUCCCCCUCCUCCUCCUUCCUCCCCUUCCCCCACCCGAUGCCUUCCUCCUCCGGACUCGCCUCCAUCACUGACUUCUCCCCAGAGUGGUCCUACCCCGAGGGCGGGGUGAAGGUAUUGAUCACAGGACCGUGGAGCGAGCUGUCGGGUCGAUACUCGUGUGUGUUUGAUCAAAGCUCCGUCCCUGCAUCACUGAUCCAGCCGGGAGUGCUGCGCUGCUACUGUCCAGCCCACGAGGCCGGUCUGGUGUGUCUUCAGGUUCUGGAGUCCGGCGGUUCUGUUUCGUCUUCGGUUCUGUUUGAGUACCGAGCGAGGAACGCCAGCUCGCUGCCCAGCUCUCAGCUCGACUGGCUCUCAUUGGACGAUAAUCAGUUCAGGAUGUCCAUUCUGGAGCGUCUAGAGCAGAUGGAGCGCAGGAUGGCAGAGAUGGCCGCCCGGGACGUCAACCAGCAGCAUCAUCAUCAGCAGCAGCAUCAACAUCAUCAUCAUCAUCAUCAGCAGCAGCAAGGCAGCCAGCUGGCCACGCCUCCUCCUCCGACCCUACCUGAGGAGCAUGAACAGUCUUCGCAGUGGUUUGAGAGGAGGAUUGUGGGAGUGUGUGAGCGGAUGAUGAGAGGAGGCCGAUGGAGUGGAGGAGGAGGAGGAGGAGGAGGGGAGAGGCUUCAUCACUCCAUUCGUCACCGCGGGAUGACGCUGCUGCACCUGGCUGCUGCUCAGGGAUACACACACCUGAUACACACUCUGAUGCACUGGAGGAGUGUGAACAGCGACAGUUUGGAUCUGGAACAGGAAGUUGAUCCUCUGAACGUCGACCACUUCUCCUGCACGCCGCUGAUGUGGGCGUGUGCGCUGGGCCACCAGAGGGCAGCAGAGCUCCUGUAUGGUUGGAACAGUUUGGCGUUGGGGAUCCCUGAUUCGCUGGGCCGCCUGCCGCUCGCCGUCGCUCGUUCCCGAGGACACACACGCCUCGCCACGGCGCUGGAGGAGCUGCACACACACACACACAUGACGCCCAGAGACACAUACACACCUCCAGCUGACACACACACACCGGCCACACCGCAGCCACAGAUGCCCCUUUCUCCUCUGUCCACGAGCCCCGACACAGGUCUGAGCUCUUCCAGCAGCCUCCCCUCCCCCAGCGACCCCUCCUCCCCCUCCCCAAGCUCCGCCUACUCAAGUGGCCCCGCCCCCAUGGACACCUCCCCCUCCUCCCCUUCAUCUCCAUCCUCCUCCUCCUCUUCCUCUCUGCCCGUGUCCCCCCCCUCCCCCUCCUCUCUCCCCCUCUCCUCCCUCCCCCUCCUCUCCAUGUGGGGGGAGGAGGCUAACGUCAGCACCUCCAGAGACCCUCACCUGUACCUGAUGGACUACGAGAGCGCCUGCCCCCCCUCCCCCGGACACACACAUGCGUUCCCUCACGCACACACGGCGGGGGGGCGACGGCGGGCCCACGUAUCCGUGGCAACGCUGGAGGAGCAGCUGCUGAGCUACAGCGAGAACGCCGAGAACGAAGGAGAGGAGGAGGAGUACCUGGAGGAGGAGGUGCUGCAGGUUGACAUGGCGACGCUGGCGGAGCAGAUCAUCGAGGCGACCCCUGAGCGAAUCAAACAGGAGGAUUUCCCCCGAGGGGCGGAGUCACCGCUCAGAGAGAGGCGGGACAACCCGGCCAUUCAGGACACCUGGUUGGCUACUUACCUGGACACGGUCGACGCCCACACACACUCCCCACCCAGGCGGGUGUGCCCCCCCUCCCCCCUCAGCGCUCUGGCCCUCCAGAGGCUCCGCCCCCCCUCCUCCGCAGCGUGGGCGGAGUUCCUGAACGCCUCGGCCAAUGGGAAGAUGGAGAGAGACUUCGCUCUGCUGACGCUGACGGACGGAGAACAGAGAGAACUGUACGAAGCGGCGAGGAUCAUACAGAACGCCUUCAGGAGAUACAAGGGUCGGAGGUUAAAGGAGCAGCAGGACAUGGCUGCAGCUGUCAUACAGAGGUGUUACAGGAAGUACAAACAGUACGCCCUCUAUAAGAAGAUGACGCAGGCGGCCAUCUUGAUCCAGUCGAAGUUUCGUUCGUAUUACGAGCAGAAACGUUUCCAGCAGAGCCGCCGAGCCGCCGUCCUCAUCCAGCAGUACUACCGUAGCUACAAGGAGUACGAGAGGCUGAAGCAGGGGCCCCGAGGGGCCGCAGGACACAACCCCAAACUCAAGGGAUCGUUCUUAACCAAGAAACAGGACCAGGCAGCAAGAAAGAUCAUGAGGUUUCUGAGACGCUGCAGACACAGGAUAAAGGAACUGAAGCAGAGCAGAGAGUUGGAGAGGAGAGGACUGACCACUUAAACCCUUCAUCAUCAUCAUCAUCAUCAUCAUCAUCAUCAUCAUCGUCGUUUACUGAGGACAGAAACACAGACUGAUGGAGAGAGACAGCGUGACGAAGACAAGCCUUACCCAACGCUCUUCUUUCCUCUGCAUCCUUUUGCUUUUCUAUCAAUCAAUCAAUCAAUCAAUGGUUCUGUGUCUCCUGGCUGAAUGUAGCUGUCCGUCUGCAGCUUUCACUCUUCAAACUGUAACAAAUCUACUAUAAAUAUAUUUAAACACAAUCACAUACAGUAUAUAACAUAUAUAUAUAUAUAUAUAUUAUAUUCUAAAGUGGGACUUUAUAGAUGCUAUGGAUGUUUUUAUUUAUUACAGCAUGAACUGUGUGUGUGUGUGUGUGUGUGUGUGUGCGUGUGUGUGUGUGCGUGUGUGUGUGUGUGCGCAGACUGUAAGGUCGAGUCUUAAGGAACCCGUCUGACCUCUUUACACCAAUCUAUCAAAAAGCUUCUGAUGUAUUUUAUUUAAUAUCAGAGAAAUAAACCAUGUGUCACUUUUUAAAAGAGAAAACGUUUUAUUCACAUCACAUCUGGAUCAAUAACAUAAAAUACAACAUGAUCAAUUCAUAAAUCAGUUAAACUAGAUUUAAAAGCAGCAUCAGGUUUGUUAAAAUGUACAUUUAGUAUUUUUGCACUAUUUUUUACCAAAAGUAAGACUGAAUGCUCCUGAAAAUGUCAAAUGGUGUAACCACAAAAGAAUGAUAAAUAUUACAUAUGUAUUAAUAUUUAGAACAAUAGUAUUCCAUUACCUUUAUUUAAUAUAAAGUUAUAAUGUAAGAUCAUGCCAAACUAGUUGAUAUGGUGUUUUAUUGACAAUUUACUGUUUUUAAGCAAGUUGAAUUAUUUGGUACAAAGUUUUUAUGGUUACACCACUUAGACAUUUUUGCCAUAAUCCUCUAAUAUAUUCUCUCUAAAUGGAUUAAAAGCAGAAAUUUGAUGCUGGGUCCACAAAAAAAGAAUGUGUGCAAGUUAUUCAUACGUUUAUUUUCACAUUUUAACCCUUUAAAUUUAAAUAAACCACAUGGACACUAACAAACAUCACUGACCUGUUUAUGAAAAUGUCUCUACGUGUUUUUUUACAUUCAUGACUGAAAACAAGAAAAUAUGAAACUUAAAAAAGUGUCAGAAUUAUUUUAUAUCAUUUUAUUUAUGAAUUAUUCUCCAUGAAGCACACAAGCUGUUAAUGUCUUAGAGGUUUAAUCGUGCAUCAUGACUUGAUGAUGUCACAGGUCAGAGGUCAGACCGGGAUUCCCCCAAAAAUCUGUAUUUUAAUAUUUAAGAGUCGGUUGUUGCUGGGCAACCUGCAGGUUUCCAUCACAGCUGAAACACGUCUUCUUUUUUUAUUUUUUAUCGUGAGCUUUUCCUUCAGCAGAGACUGAACUGAUGCUGUUGUCACGGCAACCACGGCUGCUAGGACCGAGCAUGAGCUUUUUAUUUUUGGACAGGUUUUUUUGUUUAUUUUUUUUAGCUUGUUUUAAUAAAGCUUCAGUUGUUUCUUCUUCAGCUGUUGUUGCAGUGAAGCUUUGCAUGAUGAGUUUGUAUUUUCAUUGUUCUGCAUUUCAAAAACCUUUAAAAUUAAAAAAAAUCAUUGUUAAAACAAGUCAGACAAAUA